GGCUCGAGACGCGGGCCUCCAGCGGCGGGCCCCUCGGGCGGGCGCCGCUCCGCGCACCAGCGGCAUGGCGCCGGAGAGGGGGGCGAAGGAGCCGAAGGAGGAUGAGGGGGAGGAGGUGUCGAGGCGGGACCUGGAGAAGCAGGUCUACGACAUGAGGCGGGAGAAGGCGCGCCUGGAGGAGAGUAUCAAGAAGAUGGAGCAGGCCCGGCAGCGCAUCUUCGGCGAGCAGGAGCGGCAGCGGCGCGAGCGGGAUCGCGCGGGCGAGGGCGCCCCCAGCCCGAAGCGCCCCCGGAAGCGCGAGGGCGGCGAGGACGAGGCGAAGAAGGAGGGCGAGGAGGAGGAGAAGGAGGGCGCCGAGAAGAAGGACGGCGACAAGAAGAGCGGCGAGGAGGGCGGCGACAAGAGCGGCGACGAGAAGGGGGAGGAGGAGAAAGCCGCCGAGGGCGCGGACAAGGAGGAGAAGGAGAAGGAGGGGGAGAAGGAGAAAGAGGGGGAGAAGGAGAAGGAGAAGGAGAAGGGGAGCGAGUCCGACAAGGAAGAGAAGGAGGAGAAGGAGGAGGAGGAGAAGAAGAAGAAGGAAAGGGUCGAGAGAGAGGAGGACACCCGUCCGAAGAGGGAGGAGCGGAAGCCGGACAGGAGGAGCCGCCAGAUGUUCGGCGGCCUCCUGGGGCACUUGCACGCGGCCAAGAGCCGCCUGGAGAAGGAGAAGAGCGAUCAGACCACCCAGCUCAGACAGAAGGCCAACGAAAAGCUGGAGGAGAAGAUCCAGAUGUCCAAGGUGAACAUCAAGGAGUUCAGGAAGGCGGAGUUCGAGAAGCAGAUGGCGGAGCAGCAGGAGAAGGUCAAGGAGCUGGAGAAGCAGAUCGAGGAUAAGGACCAGCUGCUGCUCCAGAAGAGGCUAGAGAACCACUAUGGCCUGAUGAUGAAUUUCAUCCGGACCAGGGCGGAGCCCACGAUCUUUUAUUUGCCUGCCACGCACAACGACGCGACGAAGGCGCAGCUCGACGAGACCCGAAAAGCGAUCAAGCAUAAGAUCUCGUCGCUAAAGGGGCAGCUGGAGCGGCCUGACGAGG